UGUCAUGUCGUCAUGGGAGGCGUGACGAGCCUUACGUCUGUCGGAUUAUAGUAUUUAAUCAAAGGUAAUACUGAAUACACGCAAACAUGACUGACCUGAUGAAAAAUCUCGGUUCCGAUGACUUUAAUCCAGAAAAAUUUUAUUUCGUCUAUUACAGUUGUCAAAGAGUUGAGCAGUCAGUGCGUCGGCGUGGACGAGCUGAGACAGCAGAGAGCAAAGAUUCAAAUACUCGCUGACAGCACCUCGGCACAAUUGAAAAAAAAUGUUUACCAAAAUUAUAUGCAGUUUAUCGAAACAGCCAAGGAAAUAUCUCACUUGGAAAGCGAAAUGUAUCAGUUGUCACAAUUACUGGGAGAACAACGCUCACUUUUGGGAACUCUUGGUGCUAUCGGUGCAACUGGGGUUGUUUUUGAUGAGAACAUAGAAACUCAAAAUGGGGAAUCUCAUAAUGCUGGUACCAAAGAAGAGGAACAAAAAUCGAAACUGAUUCAACUACUGGAGAAUGUUGAAGGUGCCAUGAGCUUGGUAGAGACGCCAGGUCGGAUUUGUUUACACGAAGGAUCUCUGCUUGAACUUGACCCAUUGGAAGGAACACCCCUGAAAAGGAUUCACGCUUAUUUAUUCAACGACGUUCUAAUGAUCGCCUCAUGGUUAGCCACUGGUGGAAGGCGUGGCCCACCCAGAUAUAAAAUGCAAGCUGUUUAUGAUUUGCAGAGUUUAGCCGUUGUCAAUGUUAGAGAUCUGGGAACUGUCAAAUUAGCCUUCAAACUCUUGGCUUUUCCUGACACGAGGGUCUUUCAGUGUGCGACAGCAACAAGCAAGAAAGAAUGGUUGGAUAAAUGUGAACAAGCUAAAAAAGCAAAACUAGUGCAAGAAGAUCAAACUAAAUCAGUUGAUAAGGAUAGAAAUUUAAAAGAUGAACACAUAGCACCAUCUCGCUCAAUGUCUCUAGAUUCAAACACAAUAGGCACGGAAGAUAGUCCAGAAGCAGAGGGUACCGAAUCUCUACCCGAAUGGUUGUUAGAAGUUGCCGAAGACCUAGAUUCUUGUAUAGCACAACGUCAUUUUGAAGAAGCUUACAAUUUGUUAGAGAAAGCAAGAUCUUAUCUGAGCGAAGCUCAAACAACGCCUGUAUUAGUUGGUAUCAAGGCUAAAGUUGACGAUAGAGCACAGUCUCUGGUCGACGUUCUUACCAAAGAAUUGGAAUUGAGUUCUGAAGCAAAGUCACUUCAAGGGGGGGGCCUGAGGAGUGCGAGAAGAGCUGUAAGAUUAUUAAUUCAGUUGGAUCAAAGUGUCCAAGCUUGUCAACUGUUUUUAAGAUUAUGCAAUGCUGCACUGAAAGCUCAAUUGAAACGAGUUAAAAGAGAAGGCCCCACAAUACCUUACGUCAAACAGCUGAGCGCCAUCGCCUUUAGCAACGUGGCUGAAAUGGCUAGAGAGUUUUUACGUAUUUUCCCAAAUUCUGCGAAUUGCACUUCUGCUCUGGUAGUCUGGUGUGGUCAAGAGGUCAACCAUUUGACGUCACAUUUGAUUAAACAAGUUUUCAUACCACAAGUUUCUACGAACACGCUUGCAGAAUGCAUUGUGGCUGUAAGGAGCCACUGCGAUCAGCUAACGCAGCUGGGUAUAGAUCUUCGCUACCAAUUGGAUGGCCAUCUCAGAACUCCAUUGGCUAGAGCUCUGCAAGAUGCUGGCGAAAAGUACGUUGACGCGAUCAAGGUUCGGGCAGCUGAGGAUACUUGGCGCCCGUCCAAUCAGUCUAGCCAAAACCUCCAGAAGCUUAUGACAGAGCUUGAAGAUCUCGGAAUUGGUGUUCCAUUGUCUUACAUGACAAGUGAAACAUGGUUAUCACUGACAAGUAAUACACUGGCAUUCUCAAGACUGUACGUUGGAUUACUUGAGGAUUGUCUUAGCGUUAAUACACCACAAUUGAUGAUAACCAUAGACAGUGUUCUCGUAUCUGUAAUGCGAGCUCAAGUACAACACCUCUUGGCAUCUCUAAGUAAUCCAAAAUUUAAACAAGAGAGAAAAGUGGUGGAAGAUAAUGCAGUUUAUAUCAGAGACAUUGUAAUUGGUAGAGGACUUGAACUUUACCAAAGUGCGACAGCAAGACCAUUUACAAAGCUAGUCACGUUGAAAGAUCAAAUUGUCUUCGAACCUGUUGCCGCAACGAAGCCUAGACCUGCGCCAAGAACAGCAGUUACAAAGUACUCGACUACAGAAUAUAUAUGACUCAUUUUUCACUUGUAAGGUAUGUCAAAUUUUAUAUUAAUAUAUAUGUAAAAUAAAAAUUUACAACGCCUAAUAA